UUUCUUUUGUGCUCUAAUGAAUAGGGCAGUUGGCAGGUAUCUCUGAUUUCUGGUAAAAAUAUGUAUUUGAUUUGUUUGCACAACAGGUUCAUUUAUGUCAAAUCUGGGGAAGGCGAAAGUGAAAGUAUGAUUGCAAGAAUAUAUAGUGGUCGUGCUUGGUGUGCUCUGGACACUCGCGGAGGACACACACACUGAAGCAGAAUGAUGAGUAAGAGUGUGACUGUGCUUGCAGCUACUUUUUUGAUGAUGCUCUUGGUCUUCAGCUGGAACUGUGCAGAAGCCACCGACACAGCGGCUGACUGCUGUUUGACAACCAAGAACAAGAGCAUUCCACCCAGCCUGGUGAAGUCCUACUACGUCCAGACAGAAGCACUGGGCUGCAGAGAGCAUGCCACAGUGUUUAUCACAAAGAAGGGCAAGAAACUGUGUGCACCACCUCCCACCAAGAAAUGGGUUAGAAAACUGAUUAGUCAACUAGAAAGAAAAUCUAAACCAAAAUCCAAAAGGCAACAAGCAGUAUGAUGGCACAUCCAUGACAAAUGGAUCCAAGAACAGCUGCUUGUGAUUCUCACCUUGCAAUAGGUGUGACUUGGUCUGAAUGCUUUGUCUGUUUCAGACCAAAGCUGAAACCACUGCCAAAUAAAUAAGCUGUUAAAUAUCAUUAGUAGUAGUAAUAAUAUAGAAAUAUUAUUACUAUAAAUUACUAAUGCUGAUUGUUUAAAUGUGAAUCUUAGCCCAACACACGGGGAAUGUGUGCAGCAUAUACAUCAGUACUAUGGGUUAUUUUGUCAUACUGUUUAUAACCAAAACACUGACAUAUGGAAUGUUCUCAGUUUAUUUUUAGUUAUAUGCCAUUGAUUCGUAUUGUUGAUAUAAAUAAAGGUUCCCAAAAAAAUCUGCAA